UUAGCGUCUCACUUUCUGACUUUCUCAGUGUGGGCCACAUCGCCAUUAUGGUCCCCCCCCGCCCCCCUCCCAGGAGAGAAGAAAUGUAUCAUCACCUCAUGAUGUUAUUACACACGAGGUUAUCAGCAUUUUCAUUUUGUGUCAGCGACAAACUUGCAUCCAAAUCAAAUGUUUGAAAUGGGGGUCAACAACAAAUACCUAAGAAACCCCCACUUCCUGCACAAAGUACACAGGCAAAAUAAUUACAAUAAUAAUAACACAAAGACAACUAAAUAAAGUUGUCAUUUUUGUAAAAUUAGGUUUGGGGGAAAUUAGAAUAUUAUGAGAAUAAAGUUGAAAUAUUUGGGGAAAAAUGUGAAAAAAGCAGAGUGAAGUUGAUGAUAAUAAAAAUAAUAAUAAAUUAAUAAUAAUGAAAAAUAAAAAUAAUAAAUUAAUAAUAAUAAUAAUAAGAGCAAAUUUUUCCAACUUUUUGCAUGAAAUAUCACCAAAAAGUUUGAGCCAAUGAACUUGGUUGUCUUCCAGGUCCACUCGGUACUCGCCUCCACCCACGUUCUUUCCCACAGGCCACGUCACAGGCAGGUAUCACGGACUCUGAAAUCCAUUCAGAGAAGACGCAGCCUUGCCUUUUGGUGCAAAUCUGGAUAAAGGUGCAGUUGAGAUCCUUCACCAUGCUCCCAAGGGCCCCAUGCAGUACUCAGGUGUGUGCUAAAGUUCCCAUCGGGACUAGGAUAUCCCGACAUGCAGUGCGCCACAAGAAAGUACUCCACCUGUUAUUAGACGAACGGACAGUGGGGGCCGUCGUCAUAACAACAGUCAUGCUGGAGGAGCCACAGGAGCCCCAAACGUCACAUUGUGAUCUGUCAAUGGACAGUCACACACCUGCUUCAGCAAAAUCACAGGAUAUUUCUCCUGUGUUGGCGAGCACCUUUAAGGAGUUCUACAAAGAACUGACGCCAUGCAACCUGAUAAAGACAAAGGGGAGAAGCAGCUUUCACGACAGAUACAUCCAAGAGCUCCAGCAGGUUCGUACAGAAUACAACCGGUGCAUAAACGAGGCAAACAUGCUGGAGAGCCACAUCAUUCAGGCCCGAGCGGAGGCGGCCGCCACAGAGAGGCAAGCCUUGGAGAGGAUGAAGGAGCAGUUCAGAGAUGUCGAGGAUCUCCAGGCUCUCCCAUCAGUCAAGUCAGCCUUUGUCUGGCAUAUCGAUGAAGGUCUUCUCCAAGCUAACAACCUACUUUCGCCGCUGGACUAUUUAACGCCACAAAAAAUCCAAAUGAAGGCCCCAGCAGUUGUGAAGCCAGAUCUUACCAGACCCACCUUCGCCUCCACCAUGCACACGCAGCCCGGCGACAUGCAGGAUGGUUGGGGCGACCUGAGAAGGAGAGACAGAAGGGAGUCUGAGCUCACCCAGACCCGGGACUGCAGCUCAGUGGCCACCAAGUGCACGGCGAGGUCCCCCGAGAGCAAACCUCGACCCAAAUGGAAGGAUGAGCCGAGUGCGGAGGAUCGGGCCGAGGGCUUUGAAAAACUCCAGAGGAUGAAAGAAAGGCAGCGCAUCCUCCAAAACCCGCGCUUCCUUUCUCCAAAAACCCACGGGAGGGGCGGCACUUCCCUCAUCCAAGGCUUGAAGACAGAUCCCAGGAGGGAGGAGACGGGAGAGGAAGGCCCCAAAGAUCCCAUUCAGGUCUUCCUGGCCAAUCCUCCAGUUGUCCUUUUUAGCACCUACAGUGUAGGCCGUGUGUACGAGACAACACUGGAGUUAAAAAAUGUGACGUCUUCCUGCCGAGACGUGCGAGUCAUUCCUCCUAGCACUUCCUACUUCACCAUUGGGCUAGGGAGGUUCCCCGGCGAGGGCGGCACGGUCGCUCCAGGCAUGAGCUGCAAGUUCACCGUGCACUUCGCUCCGGACUCCCUGGGGGACUACGAGGAUUUCAUCGUGGUAGAAAGUCAGGGUGAGCAUCUGCUGGUGGUCCCUCUGGAGGCCCGGAGACCCCCACCCGUUCUCACGUUGCCAAGUGUUCUGGAAUGCGGUUAUUGCCUCAUCGGGGGAGUAAAAUGUGUGGAGUUCCCAUGUCAGAACGUGGGUCUGAGUGCUGGGACCUUCUGUAUCAUCCCAAAGAACCAGUGGCCGGCCACCAACCCCCGGUCGGUGGUCGCUGGUAGUUAUUCCGACCAGCCCCCCUUUGCCAUCAGCCCGUCUUUCUUUGCCCUGCAGCCCGGGGAGGCCACCAUAGUGGAGGUGGUUUUCUUCCCCACGACCACGGAAAAGAGUCGUGAGAUUUUCACCAUCGCGUGCGACAACUGCCAGGUCAAGGACAUUUCUCUUCAAGGUGAGGGCCAGCUCAUCGCCCUGGAGCUGCUGUCCGUGACGGGGAAGGAGCAGCCCCUGGUGUUGGGGGAGGUCCACGACAUCACUGCAGACCACUUCAUCCGCUUUGACUCGUGCAACCCUCACUCGGGGCAGCACAAGAUGGUGGUCAUCAGAAACAAUGUCCACCUGGAGCUGCCUUUCCACUGGCAGGUCAUGAAGCCCAACCUCCUGCCGCUGCUGCCGGGCGAACUCCCUGACCCCUCCCACUUCCAGUACAACCACGACAGGGACGAGGUUUUCCACGUCAGCCCCUUGUCUGGAAUUCUAGCACCCUGCCAGGACCGAGAGUUCAUGGUCGCCUUCUGUCCCAAAGAGAUGCAGGAUUACCACAGCGUCCUCCAUUUAGUCCUGAGCGACGUCCCCCAGCUGCCAUUCGAGUGCGACGAGGGCGGCGUCCUCCAGCCUGUGCGCGUGGGCUCCAAGGUGGGCGAUGCCACCGUCAUGGAGAUAGAAGUCAAGGGGUCGACGGAGCCCUUCCACAUCCUGCUGGAACCCUACGCUGUCGUCAUCCCGGGGGAGGUUUUUAUUUUCACCACCACCCGGCGGCUUUUUAAGAUGUGGAAUUACAGCAAAACGUCAGUCUUCUUCCAAUGGGAGAAGAUGAGCAGCAGCUGUCACAGAAUAGAAGUGGAGCCAUCUUCUGGCAAAAUAGACGAGAAGGAGUGUUUUGCUUUCAAUCUGAUCGUAACGGGGGGGAAAGCGGAGAAGGUAGUCAGCAGUCUGCUCUGCCACAUCCAGCAUCGCAAGGAGCCCGUCGCCCUGGCCGUGGAGGUCACCUUCAAGGGUCCCAGCGUGACCAUCAACACUCCCAGUGUUGACUUUGGCCUCGUACGACUGGGGGAGGAAAGCCAGGUGCAGAUCUACCUCAACAACCCCACUCACCUGGAGGCCUCCUGGACGCUGGAGGAGGUGCACAGGAGUCAAGAUGAAAGCCAGGAAGUGCAGCUCUUUGUGGAACCAUGCGGAGGUGUGCUGCCCCCCUUGGCCGGGUGCAACGUGGACAUCCUCUUCAGGCCGCAGUCCUGCCAGGUUUUCGAGACGGAGCUGGAGCUGGCGGUCGAGAAUGGGACGGGAUGUCACCUCCAGGUGGGCGCCGACGUGCAGUCUCCUCAGCUGUGUCUGCUGAACUGCCAGCUGCUCCUCCCCGAGCUCUACCUGGGCAUCGCCGCCCAGGGAACCGUCACUCUUUUCAACCAAACGCUCCUGACGUCCAACUUCUCCUGGUCGGAUGAGCUGAAGGGUCAGCAGGCGCCGCUUUGUUCAGCCGCUUUUGAGCCGGCGUCAGGCACCCUGGGACCGAACGCCAGCUUGGAGAUCACCAUCACUUUUAUCUCCAACACGGAUGUGUCGCUUCAGGAUGUUGUCGCUCUCUGCGAGGUGGAGGGCAUGACCUCGCCUCUCGUCCUCAGCAUCCUGGCCCCCACCAUCCUGACGCUCCGAGUGUCCUAUUCGCUGGCCGGCGUCAGCCCCGCCUCAGACGAGCUACCGCGGCUGAUGCUCGACUUCGGCGAUGACGUCACGCUGGCCAAUCCCGUCACCAGGCAGCUCCUGAUGACCAACCACACGGCCAUCCCGGCGACCUUCACCAUCCAGGCCGAGUAUUUCUCCUGCCAGGCUCGGAAGGCCAGCAAGCAACCAGAGAAAAGACCCCAAUACCUGAAGAAGCCCCUUCACUCCGUCCAAGCCAAGAAGUUGGAGGACCAGUCACACAAGGACUUUGUGAGCGACCUGCUGGCGAACGGCAAAGGUGCCGCCUUCUACAUCGUGCCCAGCUCGGGAACGCUGGAACCCUUCGAGACCCAGACUGUGGAUGUGACGGCCUACAGCGGCAUGUGGGGGGAGUACACCGAUCAUCUCGUAUGCGCUGUGGGGGACCUUGAGCCCACCCUCAUCCCCAUGCAGAUGACCGUGAUAGGGUGUCCGCUCUACUUCCAAAUCACGGGCCCGCGUGCCAACGACCAGACCCAAGGACCCAACUUACAGUUUGGCACCCGCGUGUCCGGGGGCGACACCGUGUCUCGCUCCCUCCGCAUCAACAACCCCACCAUGUUUGACAUCCGUCUGGACUGGGAGACCUACAACAUCAUUCCCAACGACCGGAGACUGGUGGAUGUGGUCAUGUCGUACGGCCAAAGCUUCCCGCUCAAAGACGCGGACGGCAGCGAGACGCUGAGAGACACGCCGGGCCUCUCCAAGGGGGAGGCUGACUCCAAAAGCGCUCAGGCUUUAAGUUCCGAGGCGACAAGCGCUUCUCUCCCCUGCACCCCUGUGACAGACAGAGAAGAGGGCCCAGCCGAGGAGGACUCCAUCGGACUUCCUGCUGCUCCCCCCAAAAUCCUCUCCAUCCACAUUCGGCCGCACAUCGGGGACAAGUCAGACGAGCCCUACUGCGUCACACCGUCGCAAAUUGUGAUCCCGGCCAGAGGCAGCAGCACCGUGUACAUGUCUUUCACACCGCUCACCCUGUCUGGACCAACUGACGAGGCCAAGUGUUUGGGCCUGGCUGUGGGCUACAUUAGUCUGGACUCUGAGACGGCCGCCUGCGUCCCGGGUAAAGUCAGGCGGAUUCAGGGUUUAGAUUUGGAGCCCAUCAGAGUGGAUCUCCUGGCGGUGGUCAAGCCUGCAGUGCUGUUGGUGCAGAUGGAAGACGACGGCGACGUGUUGGAGUUUCAGGCCUCGGCGGGUGAUUUACUGAAGGAAGGGAAGGCCGACACAGACCAGGUCAGCCUGAAGGUCUCCGUGCAGGAAUUCAACAACGUGCAGACUGUCACGCUGAAAAACACCACGGACAUGCCCCUGCGCUUCAAGCUGAGGACUCAGCCGCCCUUUUCAGUGCCCCAGGUGCCGCCCGAAGCCGGGCCCGGCACAUCGGGCAAAGCAUCGCCCGCUGACGCCGACUGUCUGCUUCUGCAACCACAAAAUAGCACACAGGUGAGGGUGUCCUUCCUCUGCUCCCUGGCCCUUCUGAACUACGCCGAGCUGCCUGAAGAUCAGCUCCCCGCUGGGGUGACGGUGGUCCACAGCGAGAGCGCAUUCAAGCAUCUGAGGUUCCGGGAAGAUCUCAUCAUCCACUUCACCAACAAUAGCCUGCAGACGGUGCCGCUCUGCGCCCACCUGAAGCUUGCGUCGCUGCACCUGUCCACCGACACCAUCAACUUUGGCCUUUGCUUGGUGGGGGAGACGCAGACCAAAGAAGUCAAACUGUACAGCGACGGCUCACACACUCAUUGGAAGGCCCAGAUAGAGUCACCUGACGAUGACGCCGCCGCCGCCGCCGCCCACGUCUUCAGCAUCACACCCAGCUUCGGGCUCCUCUCUUCAAAGGACGACCCGCACACGGCCGACAACAGCCAGCGUCUGGAGAUCAGCUUCACUGCCAGCGAGGUCACGCAGUACAGGUCCACGGUGGUGAUCACCUCUCUGCUGGUCAGGACUCCUCUGAUCCUGCAGCUCCACGGCACAGGAUCGUGCCAGAUGUAGUCGCUAAACACCACAUCUACAUUUUUCACAGAUCUUCUUUGAAAAGCAUCUUUUGGACUCAUUUUUUGGAGUCAAAUCAUUUUUACAAGAAAAAUUUAAAAUGAUAUUAAUAAUACACUAAUAGCACUGUUUUUUUUGCAUGUGUUUUUCUAAUAGCUUUCAUGUGACGGCUUAUCCCUUGGCAUUCACACAAUAUUAUUAU